AUGCAAACUCUCUCAGCUCGUGCCGAAUUCGAGAAGCCCUGCAUCAGAGUCCCACAGAAAGCCGCCUAUCCGGAGUCUAGCGACAGAGGCGCAGGACGUGGUCGAACAGAGUUGGUAACGCGCCGCAGCCACACCGAUCCGAAGAGCUGCUCGUUUUCCGGAGAUGGACAUGUCCGGGCAACAGAACACGGAGAGUCGGCGCCAACAACGGAAUGGGCUUUGGCUAGCCUUGACAAGAAGGAAACUAUUGAUGCACCGCUGGGAUUGGGAUUGGGCAUGUGGAGGCGAAACCCCCAGACGCGGAUCCCGUCCUCAGCCUCCCUUCCGCCACGGCUGUGA